UUUUAAUGGGUACGGAAAAAUAAAAUGAGUUUAACAAUGACCCAGGAACCCACUUGCUCAAACAAUAGUCAUGGGUAGCCCCUGACUGCCAUCACCGUUCCUGGAAUCUUCCAUGACAAUAAAAAAGUAAAAUAAAAAGAUGGAGAAAGUGGAAGAUAAAGAUUAUAAAAAGGACAAUAAAGAUUAUAAAAAGGACAAUAAAGAUGAUAAAAGGGGGGACAAGAAGGAUGAAAUGAAGGUAACCACUGAAAUUAUAGAAGAUAAAGCCGGAGGAACACUACUAAAAGGUUCAGAAAUUGAUGAUAAAUCUGGAGGAACACUACUAAAAGGUUCAGAAAUUAAUAAUAAACCUGGAGGAACACAGCUAAAUCUACAAAUCGAGGACAACUCUGGAGCAGCACAGCUAAACCUGGAAAUCGACGAUAAACCUGGAGGAGCACAGCUAAAUCUACAAAUCGAGGACAAUUCCGAGCUAUUGGCAAAGACUGUGGAAAUUAACGAGACUACUGAGACAAUGGAUAAAGUUCUAAAAGAAACAGACUCUAGGAGUAACUUUAAAAUAAAGGCAAUAGACCCUAGGCAAUUUACAGGACCAUACAUAAACCCAUGGAUAAGGUUACUUAUAUAUAUAAUAAUGGUAUAUUUCGCUGGUACUUUGUAUCUGGGCUGGACAGGGUACCAGACAUUACUAUACAAGGCAGGUGCCUUUGAGGAAUGUUGCGUGGCAGAAUCUGACAUAACGAGGGUCACAAUUGGCAGUGAUGAUUAUAUUGACUGUGGAUGUCGGAAAGCGGCCUUGAAUAAUUUAUACACAAUUGCCUUUUCAACGCACUUUCUCUCGACUUUUUUAACAGGGAUAGUGUUUGACCUCAUAGGGCCUAAAUAUUUGUAUAUGAUAUCCCAGUUGGUUCAGAUGGCUACGUGGAUUCUAAUAGGCUCGUUUCCCAAAAACGGAUCAGUUUUAAGAGUAGCUUUUUUUCUGGUAGGAUUAAGUUCCGAGUCGUCCAUUAUGCCCCUGAUGACUAUUUCUUAUUACUUUCCAUAUUGCCAAUCACUGAUCAUCUCAAUCAUUGGAGCAACGAGGUCACUUUCAUUUAUUAACCCAAUCCUACUUUCAAAAAUCUUCGAACUUAAAAUUUUCGGCCGUGGGCACCUGUUCCUUAUUACCAUCACGUAUUCCAUUAUUAGUAACCUUACGUCAUUUGUCAUUGGAGCAUUCAUAGUCCAGAAACGGUUCUACAAAGUUGGGAAAUCAAAGCACGGGAGUAGGCCCAGGUACAUUACCUCCGCUAACAUCACAUCCGGUCAUAGUUUAUCGUUCUUUGGCAGGUUCAGCAGCUCACACCUUAGUUCACACCUUAGUUCACAUUUAACCUUUGAUCAAUCUGCGAGUUUCGGAAAGAGAACACUGAUAGACAUUAGAAACAGGAUUAUCCGCGUGAUUAGCCAUCGUCAAUUUGUAGAAUAUGUUAUCCUAGUCCUGGUCUCCUCACUAUACCUAGCCUCGGUGGAGUUUAUAAGUAAGUCCCAGAGGGAACUUCUAAUGUGUACCGACGGCUCCAGCGCCGUAGACCUCUUCAAGUAUAUUCACAUCUUAACCUUCGCUCCCUGCCCUUUCAUGGGAUAUCUCAUUGAUCGAUUAGGACCAUCAUUCGUACUCAUCAUUUUACACUCUUGCUGUUUUUUUUAUUAUUUUUUUGUGUCGUUUGAUUUUUAUAUUUUGAAGAUUAUAGCUUGUGUAUUUUACUUGUUUGCUUGUUCAAUGUUUGUUUCGCAUAUAUAUUGCUACGUGACGAAGAGGUUUAACCUGAGGAACUUCGGGAGACUCGUGGGAUUUUGUUUCUUCUCGGCGGGCCUUUUCGUAAUACUCAACGUCCCUCUGUAUAACUUCAUGACGAACCGGUCAUCGUCGCUGGACACGCACAAUUUGAAGAUAGUCACGCGAGUGUUCAUAGGCUACAUGGCCUCAGGGUUCGUCAUGUGUCUCAUAUUGCUAUAUUUCACCUCUAAAAAGAAACGCCGCACACACAAACAAAUACAGUCACAGUAACAUUUUAAAUUUGUCACUAGCAAAUAGGACAGAAAUUGUCUGAAAAUUGUUCAAUUCACAUAAAUUUUUCAGAAUGCAGUUUUAUAUUUUGUAAAUUAAAAAACUCAAAUUUAAGUCCCGAGAAUUUUAAAAUAAUAUACACUAGGAUUUUAAAGUGAUAUAACUAGGAUUUUAAAGUGAUAUAACUAGGAUUUUAAA